GCUUUGUGGCACAAGAAUGGAGGCUCUCGGCGGGGAAACGCAUCUUUACAUGCCUUGAAAUGUAAUUUCCCAUGGACACCGUUUACCUUUUUCAUUUCUGUGCCACCCGCGGGGACGAGGAAAUAAAAAAUAAGCCAUACACUGGAGUAAGACGACCACACGAGGACUUGUCCAACGAGAGCAAAUGAGAGGUGUGCUCUUACACUGGCCCUCUGUAUGAAGGAAGUACUCAUCAUUCAUAUGACUCCACAGUGAAGCUUCACCUCAACACUCAGCAUCCUCACCUCUCACAAAGCCACCUUCCAUGAGAUACCUACAGUGUAUAUAAUAAAGACAGCAUACAAACAGUGCCACCAUGGAGGAGCAACAGGAGGAGGCAGACGGUGCAUAUGUGGAGCACCAGUAUAUGUGCAGUGAGUGCCACCAGCUCUUCAACACCCUCGAGGAAGUUUUAAUCCACCAGCAGAUCCACACUGGCCAAGAGGGUGAUGGAGAAAUGGAGGUGGCCAUCCAGGGCGUCCCAGCUGUGGAGCAGACCCAGCACUACCAGUGUCUGGAGUGUGGGACACUCAUCAUAAACCCUGAGGAGCUGCUGCAGCAUCAGGAGAUGCACAUGAGGGAGGCUGGGAUGCAGAUGGAGCAACAAGAGGUCCUGCAGACGGGAGAAGCCAGGUCAGGGGCUCAUGUGUCAGGAGCGGUCCAGUACCAGUGUCUCGACUGUCUGGCUUUGUUCAACUCACCUGAGACCUGGUUGGAGCACCGACGGACCCACAACAGGAGCAGCACACACAGUAACACAGAACCCACAGAGUAUGUGUUGCAGCCUGAUGGCACCGUCACUCCACUCAGCAGUAUGCAGAACUAUCUGUUGAGUGAGCAGCAGGCUGGGGAGAUACUGGCACAGGUACUUGCCCAGCAGCAACAGCAACAACAA